AUGGAUCUACCCUUAAAAGGAACUACAAAUGGAUUUCAUGCGAUGAUCGAAUGUCAAUGUAAAGUGAAAAUUACAUUAGGAAAAUAUGAUGGUAAACUAAUACCAUCUAAUUUUUAUCGCCAUUUGAAAUCGCCUGGUUGUAAAUUUAUGAACCGUUUAUUGAAGGAACAGAUUCGUGAUGAAUAUAACAAUGAAAACAAUUCAAACCCACCAACUGCAUUGUCAAGUCAAUUGAAAACCAAGAAUUCUCAAUUGGCUACGUCGUCUGUUACUGUUGAUCAGAAACGUUCGCUUGACUCUACACACAGUUUGAGUUCUAAAAGACAAAAAAAAACUUGA